GCCAACAGCAAGUCCGACACACAAGGAGCUUUCAAAUUCCCUCCAAUACGCAAGAUAGCCGACUUUCAAAAUGGCGGUGUCGCGUCCACCGACCAACCGUUGUCCAAGGCGAUCGCGGCGUCCUUAGCAACAAAAUGGCCGUCAGUAAAGAGCGCACUCGAUGAUGAAGACAUCAAGACGGGUGCAUGUGCAACAGGCGGAAUUGAUCUAUUCUCAAGACCAUUUGCUAAAAGCGUGGAAAAUAAAGCCAAAAGUUUGAGCCAAGACUUGACGAAGUGGGUCGAGACUCAUGGAGGGGCAAGAGGAGAUGGUGGCGUUGCCAAAAACAAGAAAACAAAAGAGAUGGCGCCCCGAGAAGUGACAAUGGCAAAGAAGAAGAUGGCCGCGAGGAUACCGGUGUUUCUCUCGGCGAAGGAGGCGGGCGCGACCGAAGAGGCUCUGAGGAUUGCGUCGGAGAUUGCCGAAGAGAGCCCGAUCAAGACGACGCUGUGUGCGAAGCUGUGCUUCCAGUGCGGCGCCCUAAGAUCGGCAGGGGGCGUUGCUAAACUUCGGCGAUGCAACGGCUGUGGCAUAGCCAUGUACUGUUCACGUGCUUGUCAGCAGAAACACCGACGCCAGCACAGGCCCAAGUGCCGGACCCUUGUCUGCAACAAGGACAAGUUUGUCGUCUACAUACAGCUGUAAUCAACCAUAAUGUACACCACAUUUGUUUUGCCCCUAACACGUUUUCUUCUCAAGGACAACCCAUGUGAUAGACAUCUUUCUGCAUCACAUUUUUCUGUAUCACACUUAAUAGAAAAAUUCUGUAACCUUGGAUUACAGUAGAUUUUGUAAAUUUGCAGUGGUUUUAUGUUCACGGUUUUUAGACAACACCUGAAAAGUCUGUUAGAAAUGCACUUAGUGCGCCUUACCUUCCUUCUAAAAUCAAUGAAUACCCCCCGAACACAAAGUCCCCCCAAAUCUAAAUGAAUUUACUAUACCAUACCAUUUGCCUUGCAGAUAAGUUUGGGACAUCUGCUAAAAGGAUAGUGCGGCAACUAUACAUUACUAGCUUAUGUUGCAUUUGAACAGCACCAGCUACUUGUAUAGUGUAUUCAAUUAUCAAAGUUAUAGCAAAGUCAACAAAACUCAGAAUCCAAUGCCAACAUGUAUGUAAGAACAGAGUAGAAUGUCAAAAUAUCAUGAUCAUGAUGAUUCCAACACAUUUGCUGUGUCUAUUUGUGUCAAUAAAAUUGUGAAAAAUC